AAGCAAGGGGCGCUCUCUUCCACUCCUUUGUCCUACAGUUUUCACCUUGAAAAAGGAAUGCCCUUGUGUUUGUCCUCAAGGAACGCCCUCCUCUACACCGGUAUUGUAUGUUCUCUUCUCUGUCGUUAACACCAUGGGGAAAACCUAGAAAUAUCGCUAACAUAGUGGCUGCCUCCCCCGCGGCGGAACUCCGACGCUCUUCAUAAAGGUUAAAGGGUUUGUUUUGUGCCCUGUUCAGUGAGUUGCCAGUGACAAUGAAAGGUUGGAAUCAAAGCAGCAAGAAGAAGCGCAACGGGAAAGGGAAAGGGAAAGGGAAAGGGAACCGCAACAGCAACAGCGACGGUGAAGGAAGCAAGAUUAAGCAGAGCGCAUGUAUAUGCCUGUUGUUUGAAUUGCCGCUGCAAAAGCGUAUUAAUGUGUUGGCCAUUGAUACAAGUGAAGAACUUCGUAUUUUUCCACUAAGCCCACUGAAACAUACCAGUACAACAUCGCGAGUUGGUUUUGCCUCACUAGGGUCUAAAAUUUAUGUACUUGGUGGUGAAAUUGAUUGGGAAACUGGAAAUUACCCCAGGGAAGUAUAUAUUUGGGAUUUCAAUUGCAAUGAGAAACAGUGGAAGAAGGGUCCUCCGUUGAACGCCAAGAAGCCAAAUCCGGUUGUUGUUACUGUGAAUAAAAAAAUAUAUGCCCUUGCCGGCAAUUCCAUAUUUGACUCUGGAAAAACUAAGACAAUAUGCCAUGUGUUCGAGGUCCUUGAUCCAGAACUUGGCAAUGUUUGGACCCCUCUGCCCAAUCCUCCAUUCCAUUCCUUAUAUAAGAAGUCUUCCGGCGUGCAAUUUCGCUGGCACACAGUCAUUGGCAUUAAUAUUUAUGUGUUAUUACUUCACUCAUAUAAUGGUGUUACUUUGUAUUCCUUUAAUGUUAUUGAAAACGAAUGGAAGAUGCACAAUGGCGGUGACAGUAGUGGCGCUGCCGGUGCUGGAUCAGAUGAUAUGAUACUUCAUAAUUUAAGUGUAGGCCCAUGGUUCUUUGAGGCUGAGGUUGUAGACUAUCUGUUGUAUCAGACUAUCUUUGAUCAACCUGGAAAGAUCAUGAAGGUGUAUGCGUAUGAUUUAACUGCAGGAAAGGAGGAUGAAGAACAAGGGACUGAAGAAGAAGCCGAAACAUUUGAUGAUGAUCCUCUUCCAGAUGAUGAUAGUUUGGUUACAGUCCCAAUAUUUGGGUUGAACCAUGUAACCGAUACAGUCACUGCUUCAAAGUCGACUGUGGGGUUUGUGGUUCAUCUUAGGAACAAUGUGUAUUGCCUAGUUUGCAUCUACACAUCUCGCAAUGCCGGAGGACGUGCUCGUCAUGUUCGGGCAUGCGUAUUUGAAGUUGACUCAGUUGAAUUGUUAGAAGGGACUGAGUUUACAAAACGCUAUCUUGUAGCAGAAAAUGUGACACAAGCUGACUGGAUCAUCGACCCAGGCCCAAAGUUGGGAAUGUUUUCAGCAAGGUGCAAAAUUCCGAACAAAGGGCAUCAGAUCUAUUUUCGACGACCACAAUUUCAACAUGAAGGAAAACCAAAUUCUUAUCAAGAUGGUGUAGCUGGUAAAGUUAUUCAAAAAGGAAAAGGUAAUCUUGUUCGAGAAAUUAAUACACAGAUGAUCAGGGGAGGCUAGUUAAUCAACACGCUGUAGCAGGUAUGGGAGGAACUGCAUUUCCAUUCACACAUGCCCACAUUGAGUGAGAGAGAGAGAGAGAGAGAGCAUUAGCAUAAUGGUGGUAAACUCAUUUAUGAUAUAAAAAAGCUCACAAUUUCAGUUUCUGUUUAGCUGUUUUAAGUUAAAACUUCCUUGGUCUAGUUACUUCAAUUCACAUUUGUUGGCAUUUUCUUUUGCGGAAUGAUUGAUAUGAAUGUGUCAAGCCAUAAGAAUGGCUUUUUUUUGUUUUGCUUUGUUUCUACAUAUGGUAAUUGGCAUCUAUAGACAAUUGUUUGACUAAAA